AUGGAGGAGCAACCCAUCGCAUCAACGUCUUUGGUUGCAAAUGAGUCACCGGAAUUGCAAAUGCCCGAACUAAUGCCGGAAGUUUCAACGGGUAGGAGUUGUAUGUGCCUUAUUUACUGGAAUACAUAGAACAACCUGUAGUGGCUGGGACCGUGGACACAGUGGAAGGCAGAUGCUUGACGACGGAUUUGCGCGAAUUUUGUUUGAGGGCAAACUUGUCGUUGACCACAGCAAGGGAUUUGUUUCAGGUGCUGCGGCACUAUCAUCCGGAGCUACCCAUCGACCCAAGGACGCUACUGCAGACGCCUCGGACUUGCGUUACCAAGUCCCUGAAGAGAGGAAAAUACGUUCACCUGGGUCUCGAACGCGGCCUACUCGACGAAUUGCGCCUUUGCCCACCAACAGGCAUUUCUGAAGUGCACGUUCAACUGCACAUUGACGGAAUGAAGGUAUUUAAAGCGUCUGCUCAGUGCUUGUGGCCGAUCCUUGCCCGUGUUAACCACCCCGUUGUUGGGCAGCCCUUUGUCGUUGGAGUGUUCUGCGGUUUUGGUAAGCCCGAACCGUUGGAAGACUUUCUGGGCGAUUGUGUAAGUGAACUGAAGGGCCUUCUCACCACGGGCCUGCGCGAUCCACGUACAGAAAGUGUCAUCAAAGUGCAUUUGCUCAAUGUGAUUUGCGACACCCCAGCCCGCUGUUAUGUACGACAAGUGAAGGCCCACAAUGGCUACUAUGGAUGCGACAGGUACGCUAUUUUGUAAUUGCAAUCGUAACUGCUGUAGAUGUUGUCACAAAGGGAAACAUAUUGCGAAUCGCAUGACAUUUCCGCAAUACAGUGGCCGUCUCCGUGAUGACAGGUCGUUUAGGUUGCGAAGUCAGGGACCGCAUCAUAAGGGCAGAUCUCCCUUCGAGGAUUUGCCCAUCGACAUGGUUUCCUGUUUCCCAAUUGACUACAUGCACCAAGUCUGCCUCGGUGUUAUGCGAAAAUUGUUGCAUACUUGGCGACUUGGUUUUGGUGGCAACUCUGUGUCAUUAAACGCAUCUACUAAGCUAUGCCCUCACUUGAGUAGACAACGCUUAUCAUUUAUUACUUUAGACACUCCACGGCCAUUUCGUCAUAUGUUUCCACGGCUACUAUUUCGACGGAAUUUAGUCAGCAGGUGCAAAAGGACAUGGCUGACAUAAAAGGUCAGUUAAUAAACACAAAUGUCCGGCUAGCGCACUUGAGUAAGACUGUGAACAAUCUUCGUAACAAACUAUUAGGAGAAGGAACGAUUUCCUAG